AUCAUGUGUAAGAGACCCCAGUGAGUCCAUAGCAGCCAGACUGAAGGAGAUGUCAGAGAUUUUUCUUCAGAAUUAUGAGGGAACAGGAGACGAUAACAAGACUCUGGCGAGAGAUGUUGCAGUGAAGUAUUUUUGCUUGGCUGAGGCACUUUAUUACAAAUCACUGGAAGUGAUCAUCAACCAGGAGAAGAAACGACUUGGAGAUAUGGACCUGUCUGGCAUUCUAGAGCAAGAUAUAUUUCACCGGUCACUGAUCAUCUGCUGCCUGGAGAUCGUCAUCUUCUCGUAUCGACCACCGGGAGAGUUUCCCAGAGUCCUGCAAAUCUUUGACCUCCCCGCUUAUCACUUUUAUAAGGUGUUGGUGAGGGCGGAGGAGGGUCUUUUCCGGGAGGUAGUCAAACAUCUGAACCAUGUUGAGGAGCAGGUAUUGGAAUCUUUGGCAUGGAAAGGAAACUCCCCGCUGUGGGAUAGCAUCCGUGAGGCCAAGAACUAUCAAGGUUGCAUGCUACAGUAUGUUACACGUAACUUUUUUUUUCAAAGAGUAAGAAAAAUGGCUGCUUUAACUGUUUUGUCCAUUGUUCAGGUGACGAAAGAGGAUAAGUCGUUUCAGAACAUCAUGAAGUGCUACAGAUCUCAACCUCAGGCCAGCAGCAGCGUGUACAGGAGUGUGCUGAUCUCUGGAAGGAAGAGACGCCACUCAGGAAACAGUGAAAACAGCCACAGACAGUGCUCGCCCACAGAGGGAGGACAAGAACAAGCCAGCGGUGAGAGCAGUCCUGUGUCCAUGCGCUCCAGCAGCACUCUGCCCAUUCCCCAGCCCAGCAGUGCCCCAUCCACCACAACCCGGGCCCCUGGGGGCCCCCAAGAGCAGGAGGAGGAGAGGGCAGACCUCAUCCGUUUCUACAACCACGUCUACAUCAAACAGAUCAAACGGUUCGCUCUGCGUUACUCCAGCAACUCGCCAAAAAACGGGGCUGAAGCUCCUCCCCUCUGUCCGUAUCCGUCACUCCGCAUUGGCUCUCCACGCCGGGUGCUCCUGUCCCACAAUCACUCCAUCUACAUCUCUCCACACAAGACUAGCAGCCCAAUUUCUCCUCGAGACAAGAUCUUCUACUAUGUCAGCUCCAGCCCAUCCAACAGGCUGCGAGAGAUUAACCGCAUGAUCCGAACGGGCGAGACGCCCACCGAGAAGCGAAGCAUCGCCCUGGAGGAAGAGCAGCAGUCUCCCGCCAAAAG